GCACGAUUAUUACGUCUUCAAACGGAAGCAAAGGAGAUUUCCAGAAAAGACUUGUGGAGCCUAGAAACGUUGGUCGUACUUUUUCGUACUGCCGUGGCUUCUUGGUUUCCUUUCAGAAAACGUACAUCAUUUCUAAAGAGGGUAUAGCGUAUUUUACAAUUCGUAUCGUGCUUUUCGAGUUUAAAGCGUCUGGGCUCGUAGUAGCACGCAGAACUAUAAGACCAUCAGCAUGACGACCAUUGACUACAGCGUGUGGGACCACAUCGAGGUGUCAGACGAUGAAGACGAUACACACCCUAACAUCGACACGCCAAGUCUUUUUAGAUGGAGACACCAGGCGCGAGUGGAACGGCAGGAGGCCUUCCAGAAGCAGGGGGAAGAGCUGGAGAAGAGUCUGGCGGAGAGCAAGAAGAAACUGACGGAGGCCCAGAAAAAGGUCCGUGAGCUGGAGGGCGCGACCACGGAUGAGGCCAAGGCGGACCUGGCCAAGGCCCAGGCGGAGGAGAAGCAGGCCAGGAAGGAGGAGCGCUCCUGGGAGAAGAAGGUGGACGAGUACCGGCGCGAGGAGAAGAAGCAGCCCUGGAACGUGGACACACUCUGCAAGGAAGGGUUCAGCAAGAGUGUGGUGAACGUCCUCCCCGAAUUAAAGGACCAGACGGAGGAGGAGAAGGAGGAGAAGCACAAGACCUUCGUGGAGAAGAACGAGAAACAGAUCAAACACUUCGGUAUGCUCCGGCGCUGGGAUGACAGCCAGAAGUACCUGUCGGAUAACUCCCACCUGGUGUGUGAGGAGACUGCCAACUACCUGGUGAUCAUGUGCAUCGACCUGGAGGUGGAGGAGAAACACUCGUUGAUGGAGCAGGUGGCCCACCAGACCAUCGUCAUGCAGUUCAUCCUGGAGCUGGCCAAGAGCCUCAAGGUCGACCCCCGCGGCUGCUUCCGCCAGUUCUUCAGCAAGAUCAAGACUGCAGACCAGCAGUACCAGGACGCCUUUAACGACGAGCUGGAGUCGUUUAAGGAGCGUGUGCGUGGGCGGGCCAAGAUCCGCAUCGAGAAGGCCAUGAAGGAGUACGAGGAGGAGGAGAAGCAGAAGAGACUGGGCCCAGGAGGAGUGGACCCGGUGGAGGUGUACGAGACCCUGCCCGUGGAGAUGCAGAAGUGCUUUGACGAGAAGGAUAUCCAGUUGUUGCAGGAUGCUAUCAGCAAAAUGGACCCAACGGAGGCCAAGUACCACAUGAAGCGCUGCAUUGACUCCGGGCUCUGGGUGCCCAACUCGCGGGUGGACCUCGGCGUCGAUGACGACGACAAGGAGGACGACGACAAAGACGACGAGCCAAAGUACGAGGAACUGAAGAAAGAAACGGCAGGAGAAGAGAAAGAGGAGAAAUUACUUUGACUUCUGAAACCCUCCGACACCCAAUCCCCCUCCCCAUCACCCCCAUCCUCUUUCCAACCCCCCCCCCCCUUCAAUCGCAUCCCUUUACCCCUAGUUCAAACCAAAACUACAUUUCCCAGAGUGCUCUCCUUCUCCCCACACUUCCUUGUCCUGUAUUAUUAAAAAAAGCUAAGUUAUGAUUUGAAAAUGCCACUGGUGCAGUGGUCAGUCAGAGGGCAGCCCUCAUCGCUCUGACCUCUGACCUCGCGAAAUGCUCCCAAUGUAAACCAGUCAAAUUGAGAUGGAGCAUUGGUUGACCAUAGGCGUUAUGAGUUUGUGCCGAACACGGCUUAAUUAUAUAGGCCUCAAGAUGAUUCACUGUAGCUAAGCUUAAAUGUGUCCAGUUCUACAAGGCUUCAGCUAUGCUAAGUGCAGACUUUAACUUAUGAGUUACUCUCCCAGUGAUGAACUGGUGCAGAUUGAGUGUUGAUAGAAACAGACCAUUCUCAGGCGUAGUGGCGGUUUUGUAGGUGUCGUUAGCGCUGCUCCACCUUUAUGCGAUGCUAGGUUCUGUAUUAAUCAAACUGUUGUAUCUAUGGUGAUAUCGCCGAGGGUGCAAAGUGAAGUGCAUUGGCACAAUUUUUUUUCUCUCGUUAAAGCAGGAUGAGGAAAUGUGAUUAUCAGCUUUUGGAGACGCUCUCUCUCUCUUUCUCUCUCUCUAUCUCGCUCUCUCUCACUCUUUCCCUCUGUCUCAUUUUCUCUCUCCCUCCCUCCCUCCCUCUCAUUCGACCCGUAAUCCUGUUUGUCCUGCAUGGCUGAUGCCGCACUCCCUACCAAACCACCGCCCCACCUUCACCACACACACACACACACACACAUCCUUCUACCCCUUAGCCCACACUUAACCCCACUGUCUCCCCUUCCCUUAGGUGCACAAUGCCAUUUGCAGUUUAUUCUUCUAGUUAAGUUUCUUUUUUUUCCCCUUUUGUUAUAGUUUUUAAGUAUAUUAGGGUUUUCUUUGUGUUUUUUUUUUUUUGUAUUACUGUGAUUGUCACUGUCGGUUAAAAAAAGAGCUGAGUUCCGAGGGGUGCCUGAACGAUGAUGUCAAAGCAGGUGACCUGUGACCUGUCCACAUUGCAGCCACGUUGGCGCCACAAAGAUGGUUGGAUUGUCUGAGAGAGGUGAAAACAGAAGCAUAACGGUGUGAAUGUGAAGCCCUCGCCCUUCCUCACCCCUCCUUCGUCAUCUUCAUCACCAAGACUGACACUCGGCCAUGUGUUUCGCAGAUGACCUCUUUGACCCCUCACGGCCGUCACCCACUACCCCCCACCCCCCCGGCUCAUUUUAACACCCCCUAGGCCUCACCCUGCACCCAACCCCACAUCUUUUUACCAAGACUCGUGUGUUUGUCUCUCAGUAAAGGUUCUGCUGUAUAAAACUA